AUGAACCCGGGGAGCCGCUCCCAUCCGUCCCCGGAGCACGAUAGCGCAAAGCCGGGGGUCACUCGCCCCCAUCCAUCCUCAGACGCCAGCAGCUCGAAGGCCACCGCUCGCUCCGAUCCUUCCCAGGAGGCCAGCAGCAGCAGCGGUGGCUCCAGCCCAUCGGACCGGUUCGGGGUACUGAGCACCGAGCAGCUUCGGCAGCUCCUGCAGGACGAAGGGAAAUUGCAGCGCAUCGUCCGCCUGAGCGAGCAGGUGCAGUCACUUCAAGAGGAGAGGAAGGCUUCUCUGGCUUCUAAUUUUCAGCUUGCUCAGAAAAACCUGUCUCUUCGCCCACGUCUCGAGACUGGAAAAGCCAACCUGGCGAUCAAGUACCAGCUGUUGCGCGAGACAUGUGCGUCCUGCCGUGGGAAGCUACGGAAAAUUCAGUGCCUCUUGCAGGAAUGUAACCCACACGUUGCACUCAGCCACCUGCAGGAGGAGCUGCAGAGCACCGAGGCAGAAUGUGAGGCCCUUUCUCAGCUGUUCCUGGAGGGUUCCCUCCCUCUUCUUGUUUUCCUGGAUUCUUAUCACUUGCUCCGGGCUCAGUGUCACAUACGCAGGAUCCAAAACGAGAAGCUGCUAGAGCUUUUGGGAGAGACUCUUGACCAGGACACAUCCCCCCAUACCCAAGAACUGCCUCCAGACCGGGAAUUACCCCCUCAAUCCACCAAAUCACCCUCUGACCAGAACCUGCCCUCCAAGCUUCAAGAACUCAACCCACCGUCCAGAAAACUGCCCCCCAAGCAGGCCUUGCCCCCUCCUCAAGCCACCAAAUUGCCCCCCAACCGGGAUCCUCAAGUGAAGCCUCGUGAUGUAGCCCCUGGGGGGCAACAGCCUUCUCGACCCCGAGAACUGCCCAUCCAGACCAGCAAACUGCCCCCUGAAAGAAAACUGCCUUCCAACCCCAAGGAAAAGCCCCACAACCCCAGAGAUCAGGCUUGUUCUCAGUCAAUUCCUUCUCCAGCUGCCCCUUCACAGAUGCCCCCUGCUGUGUUCCGUUUGCCUCCACUGCCAUGCGGGAUGGCGCCCGCAUUGCUGAUCCCAGCGGAGGUGCUAUCAACGUUUCAGGGUCAGUCUGCCCAGUCCCCUGGCUGUCUCCCUCAAAUGGGUCGCCCUAAUGCUCAGCAGCAGCAACAGCCCCCAAGGGCGCCUCUGCGCUUCAUCGCUCGUAUCUACUUCCUGAGCACUCGGCACCUGAGGGUGUUGUCCAGAGCCCAGCGGCAGCAGCAGCAGCAGCACCCUCCGAAGCGAUAAGUGAGGGUCUACUGAAGGAUAAGGGAGUGGAGCAGUUUAUGGGACGGGGGACAGGGUAGUUGUCUGUGUGUGGGUGAGUGUGUGAUUGUGUCUGCAGACGUAGUAUGUCUGUUUUUUUGUCAAGGAAGGAUAUUUUAGUUACUUUCUGUAUAAGGAAGCGUUGGCGUGGGUGUGCUCGGUGUGGCAGAGCGUGUAGUCCUUUGGAUGCAGUGUGUGUACCAUUGCAUCCACGAAGCGUGCUGAGUGCUUCUCUUUCAGUGUGUUUAUUUGAUUGUAGACGCAGUAUGUGUGCAUCAUGGGACUGUGCAGAUUCACUGUGUAUGUCACGAGUAAACAACCUCUUGCCCUCUAACAGUUGUGGGGCGGUAAUUUCAUUCACCCUCACCCACGUACAUGGGGUUAAGGAUGAUGAGUGUUACAGCCCAAUAACAGUCUGUUAAACGCCUCCUUUUGUGUAUGCAGUCGUGUUUCUUUAAGUGUAGAUGCAACCACUCCUCUGCUUAUUACGUUCCUUUAUUUUAUGCUAAUACUUGAAGAAAGCAGAAAGAUGCGUCUGGGAUAUUUUGACGAAAUAUAUGUGAAUAUUGCAAAACUGCACCUUAUCCAUCAACAAAGUGUAUAUCAUAUAUAAUCAUUUUGAGUGGUGUACUUUGGUUGGGAGCCGGCCUAGGCUUGAGAACAACAUUAGUUCUGCUAUGUGUCUCCCCCACAACUUGCCUCUGUGGCUACCACCGUAUCUGCUGAGCGCUGGGAUACAACAUCGUGCCACCGUAAGCUCAAGCCUUGUCGGCCUCGGCCACAAUACACCACUGAUCAUUUUGUGUAUCUCUUGUGAAGCUAUGUCUCA